AUUUUUCGUGUAAAGAAAACGAAAUCUGGGGUUUGAAAAUAGGAUUUACAUCACAAAGGUACUAUGGAGGUCGCAGUUUGCACCGCUAACGCCGAGACUAACACCGAGAGCACAACUACCAUCGAACGUGCCGUCAACACCAACUUUACCACUGAAGAUAAAGCGACAAACACCACCAUCAACACGAUGAACACUUCUGACACCGGAGUUAAUACCUCCGAGGAUAACAUGACAAACACCGCCAUCAACACGAUGAACACUUCUGACACCGGAGUUAAUACCUCCGAGGAUAACAUGACAAACACCGCCAUCAACACGAUGAACACUUCUGACACCGGAGUUAAUACCUCCGAGGAUAACAUGACAAACACCGCCAUCAACACGAUGAACACUUCUGACACCGGAGUUAAUACCUCCGAGGAUAACAUGACAAACACCGCUAUCAAUACGAUGAACACUUCUGACACCGGAGUAAAAACCACUGAGAAUAAGAUGACAAACACAACCAUCAACGCGAUGAACACUUCUGACACCGGAGUUAAAACCUCCGAGGAUAAGAUGACAAACACAACCAUUAACGAGAUGUACACUUCUGACACCGGAGUUAAAACCUCCGAGGAUAAAAUGACAAACACAACCAUUAACGAGAUGUACACUUCUGACACCGGAGUUAAAACCUCCGAGGAUAAGAUGACAAACACAACCAUUAACGAGAUGUACACUUCUGACACCGGAGUUAAAACCUCCGAGGAUAAGAUGACAAACACAACCAUUAACGAGAUGUACACUUCUGACACCGGAGUUAAAACCUCCGAGGAUAAGAUGACAAACACAACCAUCAACGCGAUGUACACUUCUGACACCGGAGUUAAAACCUCCGAGGAUAAGAUGACAAACACAACCAUUAACGAGAUGUACACUUCUGACACCGGAGUUAAAACCUCCGAGGAUAAGAUGACAAACACAACCAUUACCGAGAUGUACACUUCUGACACCGGAGUUAAAACCUCCGAGGAUAAGAUGACAAACACAACCAUUAACGAGAUGUACACUUCUGACACCGGAGUUAAAACCUCCGAGGAUAAGAUGACAAACACAACCAUUAACGAGAUGUACACUUCUGACACCGGAGUUAAAACCUCCGAGGAUAAGAUGACAAACACAACCAUUACCGAGAUGUACACUUCUGACACCGGAGUUAAAACCUCCGAGGAUAAGAUGACAAACACAACCAUUAACGAGAUGUACACUUCUGACACCGGAGUUAAAACCUCCGAGGAUAAGAUGACAAACACAACCAUUAACGAGAUGUACACUUCUGACACCGGAGUUAAAACCUCCGAGGAUAAGAUGACAAACACAACCAUUAACGAGAUGUACACUUCUGACACCGGAGUUAAAACCUCCGAGGAUAAGAUGACAAACACAACCAUUAACGAGAUGUACACUUCUGACACCGGAGUUAAAACCUCCGAGGAUAAGAUGACAAACACAACCAUUAACGAGAUGUACACUUCUGACACCGGAGUUAAAACCUCCGAGGAUAAGAUGACAAACACAACCAUUAACGAGAUGUACACUUCUGACACCGGAGUUAAAACCUCCGAGGAUAAGAUGACAAACACAACCAUUAACGAGAUGUACACUUCUGACACCGGAGUUAAAACCUCCGAGGAUAAGAUGACAAACACAACCAUUAACGAGAUGUACACUUCUGACACCGGAGUUAAAACCUCCGAGGAUAAGAUGACAAACACAACCAUUAACGAGAUGUACACUUCUGACACCGGAGUUAAAACCUCCGAGGAUAAGAUGACAAACACAACCAUUACCGAGAUGUACACUUCUGACACCGGAGUUAAAACCUCCGAGGAUAAGAUGACAAACACAACCAUUAACGAGAUGUACACUUCUGACACCGGAGUUAAAACCUCCGAGGAUAAGAUGACAAACACAACCAUUAACGAGAUGUACACUUCUGACACCGGAGUUAAAACCUCCGAGGAUAAGAUGACAAACACAACCAUUACCGAGAUGUACACUUCUGACACCGGAGUUAAAACCUCCGAGGAUAAGAUGACAAACACAACCAUUAACGAGAUGUACACUUCUGACACCGGAGUUAAAACCUCCGAGGAUAAGAUGACAAACACAACCAUCAACACCAUGAACACUACUGACAUCGGAGCUAAUACCUCUGAGGAUAAGAUGACAAACACCGCCGUCAACACAAAAAACAUUACUGACAUCGGUGUUAAUACCUCUGGGGUUAAGAUAAUAAACACCGCCAUCAAUACAAUGAACACUACUGUCACUAAAGAAACUGCAGUUAACACUGAACAUGUAUUUUGUUCUAACUGCAAUUGUAUUGUAGGCCUUGUAGACAACAUAGAUACUACAGUUGCAAGCACAAGCAAGUCCGAUAAUACAGUUUCUCCUCCAUGUAACACUGAAGAUGUUGCUAAUAAUACAAAUAACACAUUCAAUACACAAAACACUUCAGAUAACAUUGAUAAUAAUAAAAAAAACACUUUUGACGACGACACUGGUUCUGCAAGUGUUUCCAAUACAAAUAAAGACGAAGAAGAGGUUGCGCAUUCAUCCAACAAUCCUCCUAAUGAAAAUAACAAACAAAAUUCCGAAAAUGCUAAAUGUAAGACAAAAAAAUUAAAACGUUGUCCGGACCAUGAUGGGUUAUAUUCCCCUGAUUGUGAAAAAUGUCGCUGGCGUCUUUAUAACGACGAUGAUAGCGGCACAGACGAUGACGAACCUUAUGAAAUGCCCGAAAUAUUGCGAAACAUAAUUAACGAUCCGUCAUUUGAGGAUGAUAUUCCUGAUCUCCCUUACGAACCUCCGCGUGCCCGCAGAGGUAGAUAUGCUAGAAGGGAUGAACGGGAACUUUACUACAGAGCUAUUUUACAAAUAGCUCUUAAUAAUCAUAGUUCUGACAGCUGUGACGAAGAAUAUGAAAAUGAGGGUUCAAUGGGCCUUUAAAUUAAAUCUAUCAACGUCGCUUAGCUUGAUCUGAACUUGCAUAUAAUCUUCAAUUUUUCAUCGUUGAAAGUAGUUAUGUGACAUUUCCCAUUUAAAUAUCGUAGAUAUCGUUCUUAGAAAAGUUUGUAGAAGUAGAAAGUAGAAUGAAGCUUAAGAUUAUUGUAGUAUAGUUCAACGUGUUGCAUACGUGGCUCAUAAUAGCCCGACAGAUCUAUCUAAAAUCGCGGCAACCCAAUAGUAUAUGUCUUACGUAAUUACGAGAAUAGCUAAAAACGAGACAAUUAUUAAAAUUGGAUUUUAUUAAAACAUGAUCGGUGACUCAAUUCACAAACACUCACAUACAU